AUGCCACCUAUUCCGCUACCCCGUGAUUUCCAAUGGGGAUUCGCAACAGCUGCCUAUCAAAUCGAAGGAGCGGUCGAUGAAGAUGGCCGCGGGAAAUCAAUUUGGGAUACAUUUUGUCAUCUUAAGCCCACGCGAACGAAAGGAGCCAACGGAGAUAUUGCCUGUGAUCACUACCACCGCUUUGACGAGGAUUUUGAUCUUCUCUCUAGUUACGGAGCAAAGGCCUACCGAUUCUCAAUUUCUUGGUCUCGGAUUAUUCCGCUGGGAGGGAGGAAUGACCCGGUGAAUGAGUCUGGCAUUGAGUUUUACAACAAGCUCAUUGAUUCCUUGCUUGCCAGGGGUAUCACUCCUUGGGUCACUUUAUACCACUGGGACCUCCCUCAAGCACUUCAUGACCGCUAUGGUGGGUGGUUGGAUGUGGAACAGUCACAGCUCGACUUUGAACGAUAUGCCAUGAUCUGCUAUGAGCGUUUUGGAGACAGAGUGAAGAAUUGGAUUACUCUCAACGAGCCAUGGAUUGUGUCAAUCUUUGGUUAUGCUACUGGUGGAAAUGCACCAGGCCGAAGCAGCAUCAAUCCACAGUCCACGGAGGGCAACACAGCCACAGAGCCCUGGAUUGUUGGAAAGGCCUUGAUCAUGAGCCAUGCCCGCGCUGUUGCCCUGUAUAACAAGAGAUUCCGAGCUUCUCAACAGGGCGAGAUUGGGAUUUCGCUCAAUGGCGAUUAUUACGAACCUUGGGACGGGCAAGAUGAGCGUGACCAACUCGCUGCAGAACGUCGCAUGGAAUUCCACAUCGGGUGGUUCGCUAACCCGGUCUGCUUAGCACAAGAUUAUCCCGUCUGCAUGAGAGAGCAGCUCGGUGAGAGACUCCCCAAGUUUACAGACGCAGAUUUUGGUCUCCUUCGCGAAGCCGACAUGGACUUCUACGGCAUGAACUAUUACACUUCUCAAUUCGCACGUCAUCGUGACAGGCCCGCUCCAGAAACUGAUUUCUUGGGAAACGUGGACGAGUUUCAGGAAAACAAGCAGGAAGUGUCUGUCGGCGAACCGAGCGGUGUUCAUUGGCUUCGCUCGACUCCCGGUCUUUUCCGCAAGCAUCUGACGAGGGUGUACCGGAAAUAUGGAAAACCGAUCUAUAUCACGGAAAACGGAUGUCCCUGUCCGGGUGAGGACAAGAUGACACGUGAAGAGGCCGUCGAAGAUGAGUAUAGGAUUCGGUAUUUCCAGGAUCACAUUGAUGCUGUCGGACUGGCUUACAACGAGGAUGGCUCAGAUAUCAAAGGAUACUUUGCGUGGUCGUUGAUGGAUAACUUGGAAUGGUCUGAUGGCUACGGUGUCCGAUUUGGCGUCACUUUCACCGAUUACGACACUUUGGAAAGAACGCCGAAGAAGUCCGCGUUGCAAUUGAAGACCAUGUUCGAUGAGCGGAUAACUGCUAUGACAGAUGGCGCUGAGAUAUCUUCUGUUAACAAUGUUAGGGCACAUAUGUGA